AUGAGGCGGCUGCCGCGGGCGGAGGUGGCCUCCAUCCUCUCCAGCCGGAUCCAUCCCGAUCGCGCCCCUUCCUGCUACAAGGCGCUGAAGCUCCAGAACCCGGACCUGAUUCCCUCGCCGGAAGAGGAGAUGGACGAGCUCAAGGUGGCAGAGUAUGCUGAUGCGCGCGACUUCUAUGAGGCUGCAGAGGAAUUCUCAAUAUUCCAGGCGUGGGUGCGGAGCGAGUACGCCAAGUAUGGCUACGUCGAGGUUGACGACGACUACCUCGCUCACCGGGAACAGGUUCGAGCUUGUAGCGAUAGAGCGCGGGAGGCUGCGCUCGAAGCGAUCGACUUCUCUGAUGGAGACGAAGACCUGAAGAUAUUUUUUAGGAACAGACAGCACUGA